AUGCAGGAAGCCUGCUCGCAAUCCCCAAACCGAGUUUCUUCGAUGGCGUCAAAUCAUCACAAGCCCUGCGAUAUCAGCAACCUGAUGUCGCCCCCCGAACUUCCUCCUCUGGACACGUUCAAGGCGGCGGGUUCGGCAACCGGGAAGCCCGCCUCUGCUUCUGGGACGCGCGUUCCGCAUCAACCUCUAUCACCGCCCGUAUCGCCAUUCUCGCAAGCAGCCAACUCGAUCAACCCGGCGCCGCCUCUGAGUCUAAACGGCAAGGACCCGAUUCUCUACCCCGCUGGCGAAGCCUCUACGAGCGCUGCGACUGGCCCAUUGUUCUCGCUUACGCCGGCAUCUGUCGAGAAGUUCAGGGCGACGACGGAGCAGUUGGUCAGCGAGCACAUCGCAUCGAGGCCGGCCGGACUUUUCCGGGAUUCAACGCCGCCGCGGCCCGAGGAUUAUGAGCUGGCGCUCUACUUCAAGUCCAACUGUUUCCAGAUGUUCCAGGACAACCGGAAACAGUGGCUCCGCAAGGAGCGCGAACUUCUCCGGGCUGACCGGAAGCACACGGCCUUGUCGUUCCAACCUACCCGACUGCCGCAUAUUCUGCCGGCUUCAAAGCCAGCGGUUUUAGGGCCGCAAUCGACCAAGGCUCCUACCGUGCGCGUCCAGAAGCCGAAGUCGACGAAGACCAAGACGCAGACUCCGAGGCCGAUCCGAGCAACUCCGGGGCCAAGCCGAGAGACGAUCCGCGUCAGCACCCCGGAACCCCGUUCUCGAACUGUGGCCCCCAACCGCGAAGACAAGGACUUUGCGUCGCUACAAGACCUCUCACCGCCGGUCGCCACGCUUCCGUUGAAGCCGAACAGCCUCAAGGUUGACUGGAAGGGGAACGCGCUGGAUCUGAGCAAAGACCCAAACAGACAGCUGUUGCACCCCGACGAGCUGAUCCUGGCAAGCAACCUGCGGCUCGACUGUGCGACCUAUCUCACUAGCAAGCGGCGCAUCUUCCUAAGGCGGCUCGAGUGCGCCAAUAUCGGCAAGGAGUUCCGCAAAACGGACGCGCAACAAGCAUGCAAAAUCGACGUCAACAAGGCGUCGAAGCUGUGGCAGGCGUACGAGCGAGUGGGAUGGCUCGAUAUCGAAUGGAUGCGGAACUUCAUGAAUCGCAAGCUUUGA